GGAGUGGUUCAGUUGGCUACGGGAGCUCGCCAGAUUCACGUCGCGUAUUCGGCGCAAAUAACUGUAAAGCUAUUAUUAUUCGCGAGUAUUUGCGCGCCUUUGCGUACGAGUUCCAGAAUUUCAUAUUUGGCUACAGUAUAUUCGGAACAAGAAGAAGUAAAUAGCUUCGGAGUGAAACUAAAGCUCUGGAGUUCCAAAACUGAACUAUACUUGGUAGCUAGCUAAGGAACCUAAAAAGUACUGUAACACGUUGAUCAAUCAAUAGCAAAAAUAAUUAAUAUACGAAUCAAUAGAAAAGGACACUUCAAACAACAAAUACCGGUGGCCCUUCACGCGCGCAAAGUCAAUUUACUUAAAACAAUAAACGCAAUAAAAACCCAACGUACAUUUACCUUUGAAAUUAACAGUCGACAAACAGUUCUGUUAAACAAACAGUUGCCGUUAAACUAAGACGAGCAUGUCGCAACAGUGGCCCUCAAACUGUGCUAGACUACUGGUUUACCUGGUGGGGAUUAUUGCCUUUGCCACUCACUUGGCGAACGCGUCCAGCCAGAUCGAUGUGGAUGCGGAUCUGAAGCACUUGCUGGGUCGCUGCCACAGGGUGGACGAGGAUUUCAACGAGUGCAUGAGGCAGGUGUUCAACGACCUGAGGGCCUACUUCACAACAGGUGUACCCGACUACAACAUCAAGCCCUUUGACCCGCACUACUGUGGCUAUGUUGAGCUGCGGCGGGGUGAUUCACAGGGUCUGGGCAGCUUUCGUCUGAUAUUGCGCAAUGUAUCCGAGUACGGAUGGUCGCGAUCCGAGGUGACCAAGUUCCAUGCCGAUCCAGAGGACCGACGCAUCGUCUACACGCAGUAUUUCCCCGACAAAAGUUUGGAGGGGCAGUACGAGUUCGCCGCCAAGAUGCUGGGCACUGAGAUGAACAGAAGAGGCCACUGGAACCUCACCCUCUAUGAUUACAGUCAAACCACCAGCGUUCGUCGCAUCGGGGGUCCGGGUUCGCUCAUCAAAGUCCAUGUGGAGGUGGACCGCAUCGGCGGAAUGGAGCUGCACAUUGAGAACUUGCUGCAGGGACAGCCCCUCAACCAACUGGCCGAUGGAGUCAUCAACAGCAUGUGGCAGCUGGGAUUGCCCUUCAUCAAGCCGAUGAUUAACGAGUUGGUCAGCACGGCAUUUACCGAUAUAUUCAACGAGUCCUUCCGGCACUUUCCCCUCGAGAAGUUCCUCGCCGCGUGACCUCAUCUAGUUAACCACAUCUGCAUCUGUUUUGUAGUAUUUUUAUGGAACUU